GGUUGAAACUUUACCCCCCCCCCCCCCCUUCCCUCCAUAAUAAUGGUUAUGACACGCCUAUGGCGAAGACAGUUAUCUUCAGCAAGUUUAAGUACAUGGCAAAAACUUUUAUAAUUUGAGAACUUGAGACACAACCUAAUGCAAGUCCUAUACUGUAGCCCGUUCAGCGCCUUCAGAGCCUUAAACACCUGGAAUUUUAUUUGUGUACCACCCGUGGAUGGCGCCACGCUCACCGCGGUCACGAGAACCAGGACGGGUCCAAGUUCAAGAUGCCCAGCAGCCGCAGCGUCUCCCAAUUUGUCGCCGUCGCCGCUGUAAUCUGCAUUGUCCUUGGGCAGUCACUUUCUACGAGUGCAAUACCUCGAGACCUUGCGCGGAGGCCCGUCUACAACAUCGCCCACAUGGUAAACACGGUUGAGCAAGUGGACGAAGCCAUGCGUCUGGGAGCCAACUCCAUCGAAGCUGACGUCACCUUCACCGCCAACGGUACCGCGACAUGGUUCUACCACGGCGUGCCAUGCGACUGCUUCAGGUGGUGCGACAGCCAUGAAGAGAUACCCGCUCUCCUGGACUACGUUCGGAGGACGGCGUCCGUGGACGGUGCCAUAUCCAAGGAGCGCCUCGCAUUGCUCUUCUUGGAUCUCAAGGUCACGAAUGUGCUUCCGCAGUACAAAUACCGUGCGGGAGUUGAAAUCGCGGAGAAACUUACACGACACCUGUGGAGUGGAGUUUAUACCUGGAAUGCGAUGAACGUCCUGCUGUCUGUUAGGAGCGUCCGCGACGGCGAAGUGCUCCGCGGAGCGCUGCAUACCAUCUACCGGAUCAUGCCACUCAUGCUCUCUAAGAUAGGUGUAGACAUUUCCAACAGCGACCAGCCUCUGGACGCUAUACGGGACCUGUACCUGCGACUCGGCAUAACGGGUCAUCGGUGGCAAGGUGACGGCGCCACGAACUGCGUCUCGUACCUGCGGCCGCCUCAGAGGCUCUACAAUGUCAUCAAGGACCGCCAGUCGGAGGUUCCGCACCACUACGUCGAAAAGGCCUACCAGUGGACCCUCGACACUCCGGGUGAACUCCGACGCUCGCUCAGGAGAGGUGUAGACGCCAUCAUUACCAACAGACCGGACCGCCUGGCCGCCAUCUUGAGGGAAGACGAGUUCCGAGACGUGGUUCGACCCGCCAUCGUUUACGACAACCCCUGGACUCGAUUCGACGACUUCGUGGGAAUGGAUAGUGGAAGGGACAGCUGAAAUACACAGGGUUCAAGCCGAAGCAUCACCGUUAAAGAGGCCCUGCAGCGCUAUUUCAGCACUGUCAGAAGAUGCUGCCGAUUGGUAAUCGAGGCUCAUGCGAACAUGUGAACCAAGUAUUGCAGCGCAGCACGCGACAGGGAAUUUACGAUUAAACUUCGAAGUCAGCUAGAAAUUACUCGCUCUUCUCUUGACAAAUGAUGCUACAAACCCAAUUUUUACUGUGUCAUGAGCACAUGGACACGGGAAACGGCUGGUAUAACC